UAAAACGCGCACCUUUUUGCAAGCUCUCUCUAAAAAAACCCGCUCUUCAAAACCACCAUCACCUCCAAAACCCCCAUUCCCCAAAACCUCCCUUCUCUGCAAAUGUCAGAAUGCAGAGGCUUUUACUCAUGGUGCUUUGGUUUCACAUUUCUCCUUGGCCUCACCACCCUCUUCCUCUGGCUCUCCCUUCGCCCGCAAAACCCCUCUUAUGACCUCAUCGAUUUCUACUCCCCUGCCCUCGACAUCGCCUCUAAUUCCCCCAAUACCACCCGGAAUACCACCAUCCUUUUCCAGCUCAAAAUAUCAAACCCUAACAAAGACAGUGGUAUUCACUACGACGCCAUUAACGUAAGCUUGUAUUACAAGGAAAAGAAGAUAGGAGAGAGCAAUGUGCAGGGGUUCUAUCAGGGUCAUAAGAAGACGGCAAAGAAGAGUGUGGUGAUUGCGGCGGCGAAUGAGCUGUUUUGGGAAGCCGCUUCCCUGGAGGUUUUGAAUCGAACGGCGGUUUUUAGGGUGGAUUUGGUGAUUGGAUUGAGGUUUAAGGUGGUUUGGGCGAAUACCAGACACAAAGGUGUUGAGGUUGCAGGGCAUGUUCCUGUUGGUGUUGAUGGGAAAAUGGUGGCCGGAAAAAAGAAGAGGAUCAAAUUGAAGUAGUUGGUUUCGUACCAUCUGAUCCGGUUAUUACGCAGACUACUAACACUACUCAUCACCGUCCAAUUACUAGACGGUUUAAGAAGGUUGCAGCCCAAGUUAUUAAGGUAGGGCUGCAACCUUGUGAAAUCAUUUUUUUUAGAUAUUGUAUAUGUACUAUUUUUAGGACUUAAAUUUUUUUAAGGACUUAAUUUUUUUUUCAUGUACGUAUAUUUUAAUGUUGAGAUGAUCAAAUGAAGAGUUUUGUUAUUUAAAAAACUCGGUUUUGAUUCGAAAUUGGGUGAUCCGAAUAAAAAAUAGCAGGGACCGUCUCAGAUCUACUAAUAAAUGGGUCAUCCGGAUAAAAAAUCGCAGAGACCGUCUCAUAUCCACUAAUAAAAUGAGAGUACUAUUUUUAGGACUUAAUUUUUUUUUAAGUUGUAGGACUUUACUUUUUUUCAUGUAUGUAUAUUUCAAUGUUGAGAUGAUCAAAUGAAGGGUUUUGCUAUUUAAAAACCUCGGUUUUGAUUCGAAAUUGGGCGAUCCGAAUAAAAAAAUCACAGGGACCGUCGCAGAUCUACUAAUAAAUGGGUGAUCUGGAUAAAAAAUUGCAUGGACUGUUUCAGAUCCACCAAUAAAAUGAGAGUACAAUUUUAGGACUUAAUUUUUUUUUUCAAUUUUUAGGACUUUAUUUUUUUUCAUGUAUGCAUAUUUAACUGUUGAGAUAAUAAAAUUAAGGGUUUUGCUGUUUAAAAAUCUCGGUCUUGAUAUGGAAUUGGACAAUCUGGAUAAAAAAUCGUAGGGUCUCAGAUCCAGUAAUAAAAAUUUUCUUGUAUAUAUAUUUCAAUAUUGAGAUUAUCAAAUGAAGUGUUUUGCUGUUUAAAAAUCUCGGUCUUGACCUGGAAUUGGACGAUUCCACUAAGAAAAUGAAAUCCCAGAGUUUCUGAAAGCACCGUAGAUUUGUUAUUGUUACAUAUUUAUAGAAACAAAACCUCAUCCUCUAAUCGAUGUGGGAUUAACCAUUCAACUUUGAAAAUUUUGCCCCAAGUCCUGCUAUCUCACUCGCCUUCUCUCCCUCG